AUGCCACCAUUGCCCUCUGUAUCUGAACUACUACAUUCAACAAAUAAAAAACCCUUAAAUUUACAGAGGCAACAUGUCAAUGAUGCAAACAAUACAAUAACACAAGCACAAAAUAAUAACAACGUUAUAGAGAACGAGAUUAAACAGCCGAGUCUGAGACUAGCAAUACCUCCCCCUCCUCCUACACAAUCAUCAAAUCAAUAUACGGAUCAAAAUCAACGACUACCUUCAUUUUCAAACACAAUUAUUUCUUCAUCAUCAUCUUCAUCAAUAUUUGAUAAAUCACCGAAAGGAAUAUCUAAUCAAAUUCCAAAAUUCUCUUCCAGUAGCAUAAAUUUAUAUUCACACAAUUCAGAUACAAACUCAAGACUAAACAGUUCAUUACCACUAAGAAGAUCAACCGAAUCUGCAAUUUAUGAUAACUCGUCAACUUAUAAUAUAAAUUUAAAUAAAAGAUCAUCUUGUGAUAUUGCUAGAUCUAGCUCUAUACAUCAAUUGAUAAAUCAUCAAGAACAACCACAACAACCAGCACAACCAGUACAACCACCACCUCCAGCACCACCACCAUCACAACCUCAUCCAAUUCAAUUUUUACCUCAAAAAUCAUCAACCACAAAUUUACCUCCUAAUUUGUCACAAGAUAAAAAAAAGUCAAGUCCAGUGAUGUUAUCUCCUAAAAGUCAAAAAAAACCGCAUAAGAAUAUAUCAACUCAAAAUGUAUCAAAUAGUCAUGAACUGAUCAAUAAUACUGGUGCAAGUCAUCAAACUCAUCAUCAUAUUAAUUAUUCUCAACCAUUUAAUUCUAAUGCUGGAGAUCAAUUUCAACCACAAGUAAAUUCAACUCAGCCACAACAAUUACAACCUGAGUAUUUAAGUCAAAUGCAACAUUUACAACUACAGCAACAACAACAACAACAACAACAACCAAUAAUCCAAAACUCGCAUGUACAAAAUAUCUAUUCUCAUCCUAGUAUUCAACAACAACAACAAAAACGUUAUAGUAUACACUUUCCGACAAACUCAAAUCCACCACCACCAUCAAACUAUUUUGUACCACCUCAUUAUCAAUCCGAAAUGUCAUUCAAUUCUCAGCAUCCCCCUACACGUCCUCAACCACAAUUUUAUGGUCAACAACCUUAUAUUCCUAUACCUCCACCAAAUCCAUACGAUCAACAACAUGUUCAUCUACAAAAUUUACAAUUACAACAAUUACCUCCACCACCACCACCAAAUUACCCAUACACAAAUCAACCCCCAGGUAUGCCAUUACAACAACAACCAAUACCAUUGCCGCAUCAUCAUACAUUAGGUGAAGAAGAAAUAUUAAUACAGGAUGAAAAUAAUGCAUUAAUGAAUAAAAGAAAAAUCAUCAAGAAAAGAACAAGAACGGGAUGUUUAACAUGUAGGAAAAGAAGAAUUAAAUGUGACGAAAGGAAACCAAUGUGUUAUAAUUGUGAAAGACUGAAAAAAGUUUGUUUGGGUUAUGAAAACUUAGAUAGUUUAUCAAAAAAGAAAAAAUUCAGAGAUACAAGUUUAGAUUUACCAAUGUUUCAAUAA